UGAAAUGCGCGUCACAGAUUCAUGCGGAUGUGUUGCAACUCAAUACAGUUUAUAGUUCUUUAUCAGAUAUGCUGUGUCUAACAGUAAAACUUGACAUACUUAUCCCUGCUUACGUGCGUACUACGGAGCUUAAGGUGAUUUGUCCAGACUAGCAUACUUUAGCAAUCGCUCUGAUACAGUAGUACCAACAUCGCUGCACGAAUCAGCAUGAAUAAUCCACCAUGGCUGAACGGGAAGAAAGUUAUUCACUUGGAUCUGAAAGGUGCCCCUCCGAAAGUGGAAUACAUUUACCAGUUGAUAGAAUGCUUCUCUCGGCUGGGUGCCGAUGGCCUGCUCGUGGAAUAUGAGGAUAUGUUUCCAUAUGAGGGAGAGCUGAAGCUACUGCAGGCCACAUCACAACCUGCAUACAGCCGUGAUCAGAUAUUAGCCAUACAGAAAGUUGCCAAAUCUAAGGACAUGGAGAUCAUACCACUUGUGCAGACCUUUGGCCAUUUGGAGUUUGUGUUGAAGCAUCGGCCCAUGUGGAGCCUGAGAGAAGUGUCAAACUGCGUGGGCACCCUCAAUCCCCAUAAGGAAGAAGGAUGUAAGCUUGUGAUGGAGAUGCUGAGGCAGGUGGUGGAGCUGCAUCCAGAUCUAAACACACUACAUAUCGGUGCGGACGAGGUGUACAUGUUGGGUGAGGGGGAGCUGUCAAAACUGUGGUUGGCUUCAUCUGGAUGCACCGUGGAACAACUUUUCUUAAAUCACGUUGCAUCCGUUGUAAAAUCCAUCAAGAAAGAAUGGCCUCAUAUGAGCAUCAUCAUGUGGGAUGAUAUGAUGAGGGGUAUGAGUAAGGACACGUUGAAAGCUAGUGGCAUUGUCGGACUAGUCCAACCAAUGCUGUGGGAUUACACCCCAAAUCUGGAUGUGGACAAAACGGUAUCGUUACUGGAGAAGUACUACAGUGCCGGUAUGCAAGACAUGUGGGCAGCCAGUUCCUUCAAAGGUUCCACCAGUGUUUACACCAACGUACCCAGCACACAGAGACAUGUCGAUAACCAUUUGCAAUGGUUAAAAGUGGUUGGAUCUGUGUCCCCCGGCUUAAACAUUAGGGGUAUUGCCAUCACAGGCUGGCAAAGGUAUGACCACUUCUCGGUGUUGUGUGAGCUCAUGCCUGUGGGUCUUCCGUCACUCGCGGCAUGUCUCCAAACACUCAUCCAUGGCCAGUUUAGUCCCGAGGCUAAAAACAAAGUGUCUGAAAUGUUGGGUGUCUCCUCCGUGGAGGUAGAGACCAUGGCAAGUGCAUUGGAUAAUGCCACCCUGUUCCCAGGAAGGAAACUAGCGGAGUCGAUUGUGGAACUGGAUUCGAUUUUAUGCAAUGAGGAUAUAAGGUCUUUCGAAAAUAACAUAUACGUACGCGGCUGGUUCAGUCCCUACCACAGAUCAAGAAGGAUGGCAAACCCUUUCAUCACCGGGCAGAUUCAGAGUCAAGCAUCCAUGUAUUUGGCUCUGUUGCAACAGAAGGCGGAUGUUGUAAGAGAGGAGAUGCGUCAUCUUUAUCCAGAUUCCACAGCUCAAGAAUGGAUAGAUGAACACGUCAGCCCAGUGACGGCUCCGCUUUGGAGGAUUUUAGAUGAAAUCGCCGCAUGCGCAACAGAGAUAGUUCCAUAAAAUUAUUUUCUGUCCGAUGGCUGGUUUUUUUUUUUGUACAUGAUGUACAUUUUAAUAACGACAAUAUACAAGCACAGUUGUUUUUUGUUGUUGUUUUUUUUAAAUACAAAACACAAGUCCACAAAGCGUAAAUAUAAAAAAUGUUAACACAAAUCUAAUCCAAUAGUAGAAAAAAAAAUAUAAAGAUUUUCAAGUGGCCGUAAGUAACUUGUUUGGAUUUCAAUCCCAUCCUGAUUCAGAAUAAACUGGUGGACAAAAAUACACAACAUCUUUGGUUCACUAAAGACCAGCCGCAGUCAGGCUAAAUUCAAAUUUCAAUUUACUUUUGGCGACUACUACUCGUAUAAGAAGUCAUCCUGAUUGACAGGUGUGUGUCUCUGUGUGCAAACAACCAAAAUGUGUGUGGUCCAAUAAACUGCAAAGAGCCCUUUCAGUUUCAUGAUGCAUACCAGUGUUCAGUAGGAAGGCACAGUAAAUCGGUAAUUUGGGGUACUUUCUUAUCGUAAUUGGAUCAUUACACCGUUUCUGAAUGAAAAGGUGAAAAAAGUCGGCAUAUUUCCAAACUACAAUACGGUAAAAUAUUUUUUU